AUGGAAAGUCUACUUUCAUUCUUCUUUCCAUCCAUAACAAGUGUUAUCAGGGAAAGUAAUGAACAUGAACGAAUGAAGAAGGAAAUGAUGAAUAGAUAUUUAAAAAAGAAGAAAGCCUUUGGAGAUGUUCCACCUGGUCAACAGCAGCAACACAAAUUAGAACCAAACAUGAUGAUUCCAAUGGCCAAUCAAGCCACAGCUACUGUAACCACACAGGAAAACAAUGGACAUGAAUCUGAUUCUGAAACAACAGCUACACAACAAUUGUACAAAAAGUUAAAGUCAACCAUUGGACAAAAUCAAAUCAUUCCACUUUCUACAGUUCCAUUCGAUAAACCAAUACCCUUGUACAUGAGUGGAGAUGAAGUUGUUAACAGCAAUGAGACAACAACUGCAUCAUCAUCUCUCACAAGUCCAUCUCCAUCAGUAACAAGUAAUUUGUCAACCACAACAACCACUCCAAUGAUGAUGAGUAAUUUAUCCACCACCACCCCCACCACAACUCCUUCAACAUUGUCAACAGCAGUGAAUCAUCACCAACAAUCCUCUAGUUCAACAACAACAACAAUAGAUAUCCAUGACGUAUCUCCUGCCAAUACCAACAAUCAACUUUAUCAUCUCUCGAAUCAUAUAUCCAAGAAUAUGAAUGUUACAACCAAUGGCCAUUUUAGUUCCAAUGCUCCAUCCCAUAGAAAGGAAAUGAAUAAGGCAACGUCGUCCAACGCACAACAUGUUGCCAAAACUAAAAAAGUUCAGAAAUCCAAAUACGAAUCACCCUCUGUUUAUACUCUAAUGCUUUCAGGCACUUUAGGUUCUGGUAAAACUACACUUUUCAGACAAUUCAGACUUGUUUUUCAAGAAGGUUUCAAUAGGUCUGAAAUUGAGAGAAUGAGAAUGUAUAUUAUUACCAAUUUACUACAAAGUUUUUCAUUAGGAGUUUCACUUUAUUUGAAUGAAGUUGAUGCUAUUAAGAAUGGUACAACUAAGGUUACGAGAGAAAAUCGUUUCAUGUUAGAUGAAACUUUAUACGAAAAGUUUAAAGAGUUUGAUUCUAGAGUUACUUCAUUACAAUCUAGAUAUACACUUUUUGAUAUUUCUAAAUUACCACAGAAGGAAUUUGUUGUUUCCAUGUGGGAGGAUACAGAUGUUAGAAAGGUUUUAAAUCGUUAUGCGUUAACAGACUCAAUGACAGAUGGCAUGGAUUAUUAUUUAAGGGAUCAUGGUGAUACGAGCGCUGUGAAACGAAUGUUUAAGAAACUGAGCGAAUAUGAGCCAUCAGUUGAAGACAUUAUUGGUUGUCGUUGUAAAACAACAGGUAUUACAUGUCUAGAUUAUGAUUAUCUAGGUAUGCCAUUUAGAGUUUAUGAUGUUGGUGGUGCCAGAACAGAAAGAAAGAAGUAUAAUAAUAUUUAUGCUGGAUUGACAGGCGUUUUAUAUACCACUUCACUGAUUGACUUUAGAAAGACUUGUUAUGAAGAUGAUUUUUCAAAUAGGAUGAUAGAAAGUAUUAACUUAUUUGAAGAACAAUGUAAUGGACCACUCAAAUAUUCACCAAUUUUCCUCAUUUUCACAAAGAUUGAUAUUUUGAGUGAAACCAUUAGCGAUGACAAAUCACUUUUUGACUUGUUUCCAGAUUUUAAUCAAUACCCAGUUCCUGAUCAAAAUAACUUUUUCACCAAUACUUCGAGUCAACUUAACCCUAACAAUAAUCCACAAAGGUAUCUUCUCGACAAGGAAGUACAAAUUUCACAGAAAGUUUUGAAAACUCUUUCUUUUAUUGAAUCUAAAUUUAAAGCAAAAGAUAAUCAUAAUCCAAAAAGAAUAUUCACAUUUUACAUGAAUGCACUUGAUACUAUUCAAUUCAAACAAUUAAUGGAAAUUAUUACAUCCACUAUUUAUCCAAUGUUUGCACACAAUCAAACUAAACCAAAUCUUUCAUGGAAAUUUAAAACCCAUAUUUUGGGAAAUGAAUAAAAUCUAACUUGAUAGUCU